AUGCCUCCUUUCCUAUACUCGCAAUUUUUCGUUCGUCCUUCCUACCCUGAGGGAUCACUAGACGGCCAGACAAUUCUCGUCACUGGUUCCAACGUUGGCCUUGGUCUUGAGGCUGCCCGCCAUGUUGUUCGCCUAGGAGCCUCCCGUGUGAUUGUUGGAGUGCGCAACGUGGCAGCCGGAGAAGAGGCCAAGAAGGAAAUCGAAGCCUCUACCGAGCGCCCUGGAGUUUGCGAAGUAUGGGAGGUAGAUCUCGCCUCAUACGGCUCUGUCCUCUCAUUUGGAGAUCGAAUCUCCCAGCUCCCUCGUCUGGAUGCCGCUAUUCUGAAUGCGGCAAUUGCAACCAAAGAGUUCCAGCUCGCCGAGGGCUAUGAGCGGACAAUCACAGUCAACGUCAUCAACACCCUGCUCAUGGGGCUUCUCAUCCUCCCAAAGCUCAAGGCCACCAGGAAGGAAGUGCCUUCCAGCCACCCACAUUUGACAUUUGUGGUCAGUGAAGUCCAUGCAUGGGUCAAAUUCGAUGAAUGGAAGGAGGACAAGACCCUUCAGAUUAUUUCAGACCCAGAGAAGGCCAAAAUGGCCGAGCGAUACCCUCUCUCAAAGUUGCUGGAGGUCCUAGUUGUGCAGGAGCUAGCUGGCAGAGUUCUCGGAUCAGAAGUUAUCAUUGAUAUGGUGAACCCUGGCCUUUGCCAUUCGCAGCUGGGACGAGAGGCAGGUUGGACUUUCUGGGCGAUGAAGCAAAUCCUUGCACGCUCAACUGAGAUUGGAUCACGCACUCUCGUGGCUGGUAUUCUAACCGGGCUAGAGUCGCAUGGCGGAUACAUGUCAGAUGGAGUUGUGGACAACACCGCUUUCUCGGAAUUUGUGCGCAGCGCAGACGGAGCCAAGGCUCGGAAGAAGGUCUGGAGCGACGUGACAGCCAUUCUCGAGGGCGUCAGGCCUGGAAUCUUGCAGAACAUUUAG